AUUGGAAAUACCUAAAAUUAGUGGACGAAAAUGUAAAAAGGAGAAUAAUAGUCAUUUUGCAAACACAAAUUACAUAAGGAUAAAGAGACUCAACGGUGAAUUUGGAGCAUGGCGGAGCUACUGGAAGCAGCCAUCUCCAUUUCAAUGACGUCGCAUGUGCAAAUUACUAAAAACCCACAUUUUCAAAGCUCUCGCCUUUAUCAGAAGCCCUCAAAAGCUUGUCGUCAGCCUCUGUUCAGCUCGCUUUCAAAUUCAAGAACCCUAAAGCAAAAAUCUUCGAAGCCCUUCAAACGCCUCUUUUCAGCAACGUACCGUGAUCAAUCGCCUCUGUCUGACGAAAACCCAUUGCCUCCACUGUCGAAAAACGAACCUUUGAGUGUCGAAAGUAGUAGUAAUUGCUGUAAUCAGACAUCGAAAAGCAAGAGGGUGUUUUUCUUGGAUGUGAAUCCGUUGUGUUACAAAGGGAGCACACGGAGUUUGCACUCUUUUGCUCAUUGGAUUUCACUUUUCUUUUCCGAUGUCAGCCUAAAUGACCCCGUCAUAGCUGUUCUUGAUGGGGAUAGAUGUAAUGACUUCAGAAGGCAACUGCUACCAUCAUAUAAAGCCAAUAGAAGGAAAGUACUAAACAAACUACCUGGCGUGGAGAGAUUUUCAAGAGGUUCUUUUGGAAGAUCACAUAAACUUGUCGUUGAUGUUCUCCGGAAAUGUAAUGUGCCAGUUGUCAAGAUUGAAGGUCAUGAAGCUGAUGAUGUCAUUGCGACACUCGUACAUCAAGCUUUAGUGAGGGGAUAUCGAGCUGUAAUUGCUUCACCAGACAAAGAUUUCAAGCAGCUUAUAUCAGAAGAUGUACAAAUUGUUGCACCUAUAUCAGAAUUGAAUAGAUGGUCCUUUUACACACUGAAGCACUACAUAGCUCAGUACAAUUGCCACCCUCAAUCCGAUCUCAGCUUAAGAUGCAUUAUGGGUGAUGAAAUUGAUGGUGUUCCUGGAAUACAGCAUCUUGUUCCUGGUUUUGGUCGAAAAACGGCUGUAAAGUUAUUGUCCAAACACGGGUGUUUGGAGAAUUUACUUGCUGCUGCCAGCGUGAGAACUGUCGGCAAACAAUAUGCACAAGAAGCCCUUACGAAAUAUGCUGAUUUUCUGCGUAGGAAUUAUGAAGUUCUUUCAUUGAAGUGGGAUGUCGAUAUCCAGAUUGAGGAUCAAUGGCUGUCCAGGAGAGAUGAACAGAAUGACUCUGUAAUCUUAUCCAGUUUUGUGGACUUUUUGAAUAAAACCACGGACCUCAAUAGGCAAAAUCGAUCCAUUUCAAAUGGCCUGAAAGUUGUGACAUAGUCGAGCUUUAUUGGCUGCUUUUCCCAUAUUUCUCAAAGCAAAGAUUACUCGCUGGUGAAAAUGGUGUAAUAGUCAAGAACAAUGCAGUGGUGAUGGAAUUAGAAACAUGCAGGCAAGCUUCAUUGUUUCGAUUAUGUCAAUGAAUUUUGAAGUUUCCUUUCCCUGCAACUGAAAUUGAAAUGAUUUUUUCGGCUUUGUUGUUGUUGCAACGGAAGAUUUUAGAAAAAUACUGCAUUAGAGGAGGUUUUUGUUGCCGACUCUUGAAAGUUUUCAUGCAUAUGUAAAGAUUUUUUCAUGCAUAUGUAAGGUUGUAACCAUGUCAUUGUUUUUUAAUACCAUCUAUAUAUAUAUAAUAAG